CUUAUCUCUCUUCCACAUCCUAACAAAUAGCAAAAAUGGGUUUGGUGAUAAAAACUCUCAAAUAUAUUCUACUCCUCUCUUUCUCCUUGACCUUCUUCUACACCAAUGAAGUCUCAUCUGCUUCUCCCGUGAGUCCAUCUCCGUUGCCGUCGCCGAAAAAGAUGAGCCGGAGACUUGUGGCAGUUGAAGGCAUGGUUUAUUGCAAGUCUUGCAAGUACUCCGGCGUCGAUACUCUCUUGGAAGCAUCUCCUAUUCAAGGGGCGACCGUAAAGCUUGCAUGCAACAACACAAAAAGAGGUGUGACGAUGGAGACGAAAACAGACAGAAACGGAUACUUCUUCAUGUUAGCUCCCAAGAAACUCACCACCUACGCUUUCCACACAUGCCGGGCUUGGCCUACGAAUCCCGGACCCGCGACCGCAACGAUGACAUGCACGGUCCCGUCACAGCUCAACAAUGGAACCACCGGUGGUAUGCUUAAGCCUUCUAAAACAAUCAACAUCGGUGAGCACGACUAUGUUCUCUUCUCUGUUGGCCCCUUCGCGUUUGAGCCGACCUGCACUCGUUGAAGACUUAGAAAAUUUCGUUAUGUUUUUGUGUGCUUGAUUUGUUAUGAUGCGAUGAUCUAUAUGUUCUUGCCUUGUUUGUUUGUUUGCUGGGUGUGUUCCUUAUCUAUUCUCUGUGUGGACAUUUUAAGAAUUUUAGUGUGUUUAAUGAAUUUCAUGAGUUUGUACUAGCUAGUAAUUAAAAACUGAAUAGUACUAUUUUGCGAGGGAUUGGUAUUUUA